CACAUACACACACACACACACACACCAACAUCAACAUGGACAGUUCUCUCUCAACACCGAGUCCGUGUUAACAGAAUCAGGCUGAGUUUGGUCCGGAUCCGCCCAUGAUGGACGCGCCCGAUGCGGUGUUCUGGGAUCGGCCCGCUCCGGUUGGUCAUCUCCUGUUGGAUCAGCUGCCCAGUUACCAGUCUCUGCUGUACCGCAGGAAGUCCAGCGUGAAGAGGCGGGGCAGCGGGUGGGGCAGUGGGCGGAGCCGACAGCCGUCCGUCAGCAGUGGGAAGUGGGCGGAGCAGACUCAAAGUGGGGAGGAGCUUCGACCCGUGCGGGAGCUUCCCAAGAGCAUGCAGGAGAAGCGGCGGGAGAAGCAACAGCGGCUCCAGCAGGGCGGCGCUCUCACAGGCUGGGGUUUGUGGAGGCUGAAUGUCCAUCGCUCUUUGAAGCGCCUGAAGGAGGACGGGGUGGACCUGCUCUCAGCUCUGGAGCUCUGGAGGGCUGAUAUUCAUCUCAUCGAGGGCAUGUUUGGAACAGGAAUCCUGUCAUAUUUCUCUUUCCUGCGGUUUCUGGUCCUUCUGAACUUCAUCAUGUUCCUGCUGAUGUUUGUGUUUGUGAUGCUGCCAGUGAUUCUCGCAUCACACACUUCAGCCAGCAUCACCUACGGCAGCACCAACGUGAGCGAGUGCAGUGGGUAUCCGGCCAGCUCUCGUCAGGGUCUGGUUGCGUUUCAUGAGCACAUCACAGACCUGCUGUCUGGAACGGGCUUUCUGGAGCGUACUUACCUAUUCUACGGCUACUAUAAUCUGGAGUUCAUUCACUAUCACUUCACCUACAACCUGCCGCUGGCGUACCUGCUGACCACCAUCUCCUACCUGUUGUUGAGCCUUGUCUGGAUUGUCAAGAGGUCUGCGGCCGGUUUCAAACGCAAGCUCAUUCAGGAUGAGGAUCGCUUCCAGAGUUUCUGCAACAAGAUCUUUGCGGGCUGGGACUUCUGCAUCACCAACGAGAACGCGGCACGGCUGAAGCGGAGCAGCUUACUGUACGAGAUGAAGACGGAUCUGGAGGAGGAGCGGAUCAAGCGCCGGAUGGCCAAUCGCACGCGGGGUGAGAGGUGCCGCAUUUAUGCGCUCAGAGCUGCGCUCAACCUCUUUGUCAUGGCCGUGCUAGUCACCUGCUUCUACUGCAUCUACGUAGCCACAGUGUUCUCGCAGCGCAAGCAAGUGGAGGAGAAGAAGAGUGCAUUCCUGCAGGAGCUGGUGGUGGAGUACCUACCCUCCAUCGUCAUCACGCUGGCCAACUUCAUCACACCGCUGAUCUUCAGCCUCAUCAUCACCUUCGAAGACUAUUCGCCCGCCUUCGAGAUCCGCUUCACGCUGAUGAGGUGUGUGUUCAUGCGUUUGGCCAGUAUCGGCGUGCUGCUCUUCUCUCUGUGGGUCCAGAUCACGUCCUGUGACAGUUCAGACUGUCCCUGCGGCUACAACCAUAAGAUCUACCCUUGCUGGGAGACUCAUGUCGGGCAGGAGAUGUACAAGCUCGUGAUCUUCGACUUCCUGAUCGUCGCCGCCGUCACCGUCUUCGUGGAGUUUCCCCGGAAGAUCAUCGUGAACCACUGCGAGCACGGUUUGGUGAGGUGGUGGGGUCAGCAGGAGUUUGCCGUCCCUCAGAACGUGCUGGAGAUCGUCUACGGUCAAACCAUCUGCUGGAUCGGCACCUUCUACUGCCCCCUGCUGCCCGCCAUCAACACCGUCAAAUACGUCCUCGUCUUCUACAUCAAAAAGGUGUCUCUGGUGACCAACUGCCGUCCCGCUACUCGGCCGUUCCGAGCGUCCAGUUCCCACUUCUUCUUCCUGGUGGUGUUGCUGAUCGGCUUGGCUCUGGCGUCAGUUCCUGUCACUGUCAGUAUAGCAGAGAUCCAGGCGUCGCGAGCGUGUGGCCCGUUCAUCAACUACAACACCUCAUGGCAGGUGGUGCCGUGCGGGAUUACCCAGCUGCCCCAGGGUCUGCGCUCCUUCCUGCUAGCGCUCGCCUCGGAGGCCUUCGCCGUGUCCUUCUUCGUCAUCACCUGUCUGGGGAUGUUCUAUGUGAUCGCUCUGGCUGGAGCUCAUAAGCGUGUGAUUGAACAGCUCCGAGAUCAGCUGGCCAUGGAGGGCCGGGACAAGCGUUUCCUCAUCCAGAAGUUGUAUCAGGCCCAGCAGGCCACAUUCAGGCGUUCUGCAGACCCCAAGGGUUUGGGCAGGACCCGAUACGAUGCUGGACUGUGUUUAGUGGAGCCAGCAGUGGUGCUGGAGACCCAGGCCUGACCCAGCGACUCCUCAAACACUCUCGCUCAGUGUUUCUAGAGACUCGGGCAUGACCCAGCACCCAUCGACCCUGCAAACACACCGACUCGCCUCACACCCUGUUUACUACACUAAUGUCUUAUUAGAGUGAUUUUUGCUCUGUGUUUACAAAUCUUUAUUAUCUGCACAAUAAACCCAUGAAACAUCAAAUACAGAACAUUUGAGAGAUUUUCAUCUGAGUAACGUUUAUGGAUGCCAUACUGAGAAUUUAGCUGUGUUUAACUCAGAUUGAGCUCCUACUGCAAAAACUCAGUUUUCAAUCAUGGAAUUAACUUGGAAUUAACAUUAACUGUAUUUUGCAGUUAUAAAAGGACAUUUCUGGCCCAGUUUGUUUUGUGACAUGUUGAGUAAUUUGAAGUAACCCAAUGGAAUCUGGGUUUAUCUGUUCAGCUUCUGCAGUUACUCCCUAGUUAUUUGAUACACUAUUGUGUGGGGAAAGCGUCUUUCUCCAGAGAUGCGAGGCAUUUGAUAAUUAUGGAUUUUUGCAAAUGUUUUCUUUAUAUUCAUUCACUGAAAUUCAUACAGGUAGAAUACAUUUUAUAGAACUUAUGAUCAUUACUAUGCUCUAAUACAACACAUUGAG